AUGACUUUCUUCGGAAAAACAAUGUUGGUCAUGUUGGUGGUGGCGAUGGCUGCUUGGGGAUCCACCAUGGCUACUGUGUAUCAAGUUGGUGAUUCUGCAGGGUGGACAUUCAAUUACAAUUACAAUGAAUGGGCUUUUUUCAAGCAAUUUCAAGUUGGUGAUACCCUUGUUUUUAAUUACGAUCCUCAAUUGCACAACGUGAGGCAAGUUGACAUCAACGACUACAACUCAUGCACUGAAAUUAAUCCAAUUGCCAGCUUCAACUCCGGUAGUGACUCAAUCACCCUCGACACUCCUGGCGUGGACUAUUUCUUCUUGUGUGGCAUUCCUGGUCAUUGUGCAUCUGGACUCAAAUUUCAUAUCAAAAUUAGUGCAACUCCAACAAGUAUUCCAGUAACUCCGCCGCCUCCUAGGACGAGUACGAAUACGAAUAAUCCUUAUCGUGGUCAUUUUCCUUCUUCAACAAACAAUCCAACUCAAACUAUGAAACCUCACUCUUCUGCAAGCACUGCUUAUUCAUUCAACAUGUUAUUCACAUUGUUUCUUCUAGCCAUGGUUUAA